UAACACUAACUCAACUUUCAAAGUUAAAAAAGAUUCUUGAUUAAGCAGCUUUUAGUAUUGAUUUUAAGUGACUGUAAAAUUCCUGAUUAAGUACUUUUUUUUGUUUUACUGUACACCUAAAAAUGAUCAAGUCAGUGUCACUUCAAAUUGCUUAAACUUCUUGAUCAAAAAUGCUUUUUUACUUCCAAAAUUAAGUUAGUUUCAACUUUUUUUUUGUUAAAUUGACUUAUCUGGUUUUACAGUGUUCCUCCUUCAUUCUUUCCCUCUGUUAAUCACUAUCUCUUUUUCUUAUCUCUUUUCUUUUGUCCUCAUAUCCCCUUUCCUUGUCUCACCUCCCUCUCCCCUUCUUUUUGUCUUGUAAGUUCCAUUUUCUCCUCCCUCCUCUAAAUCCCUCCUUCCUCUCCCCUUCAUGUCUUCCCCGCUUGCACUUGUGGCUCUACUGCAGCUCUCAGAGACCCAAAACCUGUCUGAAAUACCAGCAAGAGUAGAGAGUGAUUCAUCACAGUGAAUCUUUAGUAAAUGUUAUGUUAGAUCAGUUUUGGUUAUUCUGUCAUUGUCUGUUCACGCAGCUGAAUAUCUGGAUUGGUUUAAGAAGUUCCUGUUCUGGGUUUUGGGCGAGGAGCUAAGCAGCCGUUUCCGUCUCUGGGCACUUUUAUCUCCACACUGAGCCAGCGGAGGGACACAGGGGGGCGGGGUUUGGCUGGCGGCAUGACGGGCACCCUGACCAGCACCCAGUGGUUCAGACAUGGGAGAGAGCUGCCUCCGAUCUGCAGUGAUGUUCGCCAAAAGCAGCGGCUCUCCAUUGACACGCUGCCCCCUGAGGUCAAAGCUCCGUUCCCCUCCGACCCUAUCAUCCCCUUGCGUACCAAGACCACCAAGGAGUUUCAGGAGGACAUGGAGCGUGCCGUCCAAUCAGGUGACUGGAGGGAGGUCCGGGAGUUUUACCUGACCACCUUCGACUCCUUCAUAGAAAUCAACGCUGCCUUCAAGCGAGAGGCGAAUGGAUCGUUUAACACCAUAGACGACUCGGGAGUCAACGCCAAGUUUGUCAAUGCUGUUUAUGACGCACUGCUCAGCACACCUCAGGACAUCCAGAAGUCAGUGUUGAAAGGGAUCAUCAACAGCCUGCUGAGGGAGUGGAAAGGACCUCGGACAAAAGACGACCUGCGGGCAUAUUUCAUUCUCGUUCAGAACCCCCAGUAUUCCAGCACCAGCACCUAUGUGAUCUACGCUCACCUGCUGAGGCAGAUCGCAGCUCUGUCUGAGGCCGACCACCACUUCCUGGUCCACUGGCUCAAAAAGCUGUCGGCGAGGCGUUUCAGGCAGCUGGUAGAGCGCCUCCUGCAGUUCAUCUCCACCCGUCUGUUUCCUGCAGAACCAGACGAACUUCCUCCUUUGGCCAAAUGCUCCUGGUGGAUUCCCUCCGCUACCAAAGUGCUUGGCCUGUUCAAUGCAGCCAACAGUGUCUCCUCUCCCCCCAUCAUGCCUUUUACCGACUUCUACAACAUCACUCUGGAGCACAUAGAUUUCAUGGAGGAGUACAGGACCUGGCAGAACUACGGCAACUCAAAUAGGUUUUCCUUCUGUCAGUUUCCUUUCAUCCUUUCGACUGUGGUGAAGAAAGCCAUCAUCCAGAAAGACUCUGAGCAACAGAUGAUCAGUCAGGCCAGGCAAAGCCUGGUCAGUAAGGUUUCUCGCAGGCAGAGAGUGGACAUGAACCUUCUGUUUCUCAACAUUAAAGUACGACGAGCACAACUUCUCAGCGACUCACUGGAUGAGUUGACUAGGAAGCGGUGCGAUUUGAAGAAGAAGCUGCGGGUGACGUUUGUCGGGGAGGCGGGGCUGGACAUGGGCGGCCUGACAAAAGAGUGGUUCCUGCUGCUGGUCCGACAGAUCUUCCACACAGACUACGGAAUGUUCACCUACAUGAAGGACUCGCGCUGCCAUUGGUUCAGCAGUUGGAAGUGUGACAACUACUCUGAGUUCCAGUUGGUUGGGACUCUGAUGGGCUUAGCCGUAUACAACAGCAUCGCUCUCGACAUCCACUUCCCCCUCUACUGUUACAGGAAGCUCCUCACUCCACCUACUGUACCAUGCGACCAAAAUGCCCUCGUCGGCAUGGCAACCGCCACCCUGGACGACCUGCAGCAGAUCAUGCCGGAGAUGGCUCAUGGUUUGGGAGAACUGCUGAGCUACGAGGGAAACGUUGAGGAAGACUUCUACCUCACCUUCCAGGUGUUCCAGGAGGAAAUGGGCGUGGUCAAAUCCUACAACCUCAAGCCUGGAGGAGACAGAAUCCCUGUCACCAAACAGAACAGGAAGGAGUAUGUCCAGCUCUACAUCGACUUCCUGCUAAAUAAAUCCAUUUAUAAACAGUUUGCUGCCUUUUACCAUGGCUUCCACAGUGUGUGUGCCUCGGAUGCACUCAUGCUGCUGCGGCCGGAGGAGGUGGAGAUGUUGGUAUGCGGGAGUCCAGAGCUCGACAUGAGCGCUCUGCAGAAAGCUGCUCAGUAUGAAGGAUACAGCAAGACAGACACCACCGUACGGUGCUUCUGGGACGUGGUGCUGGCCUUCCCUCUGGAGCUGCAGAAGAAGCUCCUCCACUUCGCCACAGGAAGUGACCGCGUUCCUGUCGGAGGAAUGGCCGACCUAAACUUCAAAAUCUCUAAGAUCGAUGUUCCAACUGACUGGCUGCCAAUCUCUCACACUUGUUUUAAUCAGAUCUGUCUGCCUCCGUACCGAACCAGGAAGGAGCUUAAACACAAACUCACCAUCGCCAUCUCCAACGCUGAGGGCUUUGGCCUUGAGUGACCAGCCCGUACAGACUAUUAGCGGCGCUAGCUAUCUGUCCACCUCAACUACCACAGUGCACCUUACUUAUCUCUUUGGUCAUGGAUCAGACUGUAGAGUGAACAGGUUUCUCAGCAAGCGAGUUCUAAUGUCUUUUUUUUUUUCUAUUAUCAUGGACUGUAAUGCAGUUGGUAUUGCUAGACUUGGGUCGUCCUCAUCCGUUUGCCAAUGUUGAAUAAGACGGGAACUUCCCCCUGAAACAGCUAUAGGGAAAUACUAGAAAUCAUUUUAUUUGCACAUGAACUGUUAUUAUAAGACGUCCCUGAUUGAAGGAAACUAAAUGAAGAAAUUCUGUUUUUUUAUGUCAGUAGAUGUCACAAAAUAGAAAUUUGAAAACAUCAGUGUGAGCCUUCCACAGACUUUACUGGUCAAACCAUUACAGUUUCAUAAAUUAAAUGUUAAAUAUUUCUGGUCCCUUAUCAUUGAAAACAUAUCAAUAAUAUGUGUUCUCUAGAAACCUUGUAUCACUAAAACUUCUCAGAAAUUGUAAUUAUAGGUCACUGAUUUGCUCAGGUAAUUAUAGAUAGUAUUAUAAUGACCAAUGUUACAUUUUUAAGCAGAUUACCAAGUAUUUACUUCUGUGAUGCUCUACUUUAUGGUCCAGAGUAAACCACCAUUAGUCUACAUCUGCAUUAAGCCAGUUAAAUCUGUAAACACAAUUGUUUCUCUCAGUUUCAGCUCUUCAUCCAGACUAAACACAAUUGUUCACCACCAAAACAGAGCUUCUCUGCCCUCGAGAACGUAUAAAUCAAUUAAUAAAUUAACACCAGCUUGGUGUGUCAGUGCAUACAGGGUAAACAAGGCGUUUAACACUGUAAUGCAAUUUUAGUUAUUUUAACAAAAAAACAUUUUGAAACUAAUUACAUAGAACAUUUUAAGUAACACAACAUCAAUUUUUAACGUUAAAAAGGAUUCUUGAUUAAGCAGAUUUUAGUCAUUUUAAGUGACACUAACCUAGUUACAGAAACAUUCCUUUUUAAAUAACAAAUAAAAAUGACAAAAUUAUGUCAGUGUGUCACUUAAAAUUACUAAUGUUACUUGAUCAAUAGUGUUUUUUUAACUUACAAAAUUUAGUUAGUUUCACUUCAAUUUUAUUUAAUCAGUUUCAACAAUUUUUUGAGUUUACAGUAAAAAUUUAAUUAAAGAUGACACCUCGAACACUCUCUGUGAUUGUUAAUUUUCAAUGUAAGAAUAGCCGAACACACAGCAGACCUGUUGUCACUAACCUGGAUUUAUAUUGAUUUUAUCAGAUGACGUUAUGAUUAUGAAAUAAGGAUUUAAUCAGCGCAGUGAAGUAGCUUGGGAACAGCUGCAACGAUUAGUUGAUUAAUCGAUUAGUUGUCAACUGUUUAAUUAUCAAUUAAUCGUUGAGUCAUUUUCUUAAGAAGAAAUGUUCAAAUUCUCUAAUUUUAGCUUCUCAAAUGUGAAUAUUUUCUGGUUUCUUUAGUCCACUAUGUCAGUGAACUGAAUGUCUUCCGGUUGUGGACAAAACAAGACAAUUGAGAACGUCAACUUGGGCUUUCGGAAACAGUGAUGAACAUUUUUCAUAAUUUUCUGACAUUUUAUGGCGCAAACAAUGAAUCAAUUAAUUGAGAAAAUGAUUGAUUAAUUCAUAAUCACCAUAAUUGUUAGUUGCGCUGCUGGUUAAAAUGUAGUGUUUACGGGCUGCAAUAAAAUCACUAUUUUCAGGUUACAAAUGUAACAGUAAUUUAUAUCAGGACAACUACAUUGUGAAUUCAGAAAUCAUUCAAUAAGCUAGCCUAUAAUUCAUCCUUAAGUAUUCAAUAUGUGAAAUUUAAGGUAAAGAAUAUAGGAAUUUUUUUAUGACACAGCAGUAAGAUACAGCACAAGUACAAAUUGAAGGUAAAAGGCAGUAAAAAGUAUAUAAGUUAGAAUAUAAGGUUUCGAGAGGACACUCAAGUUUCGAGAUGUAUGAUUUUUUUAUAUUUACUGUUUUGUGUCACCGCUUUGGCGGCUUUUGAAAUAUAUUUUUAUGAAGGCAUAGGGUUUUAAUCAUUUUGCUUUGUUUGCAGCACACUGUCAGGAUUUAAAGCUUUGCUGGGAGAAGAAUGCUAUUGUGUAUCAUGAGAUAUAGAUUGUCUUGUGAAGUUUUGUUCUUGUUUAUUGACAUUGCCGCCUGUUUUACUGAACCAAAGGCUGCAGCACAACUGUUUUCAUUUUGUUUUAAAUGUUGAACUAGAGCUGUUGAUCGACAGUUUGGCAAUUGUUUCACUUCUCUUAUGUUGUUUAUGUUGUAUGAUGGCUGCCAUUGGGCUGAGAGAUAACCUGCAGCUAUAGAAGCUGAUAGAUGAUGACUGUUCGUCGAGUACAGAAGAUGAAGCAGGGUGGAGAAAAAAAACAUCUUCUGAAUGUCCUGUUUUGUUAGUAACAUGUAGUUAAAUAGACUGAUUAUUUUAGAGAGAUGUUCAGUGAUUGUUGCUAAGUAAUUAAAAGAAAGGGUUUCAGAAGUAUAUAUAGUGAUUUAAGCACCACAACUUUUUUGCCUUUCAUGCCGCUGCUGCCUCCUGUCUGAAACUGAGCAGUGCUGGUUUUAAACACUCAGCACUCUCUUAUAUCAGGUCGCCAUGGCAAGAUGUCUAAAGUCCAAAAAACCCAGAAGUUACCAAGCAACAGCCAAGCAGCUUGUAUGGUUGCACUGUCCAAACGCAUCAGUCUGAUCUGGGUCACUCAUUCACCCAGUCUCGCUAAGUGUCUAUAGGGUCUGAAAAAGCCCCUUAUACAACAAUGGAUCCUUUCUAUCAUUUAAUGACAAGUCCAGAGCAACAGCAGGAGCCAGAAGCAGCUCUGCUCCUGUCAGCUUGAGAAGGACGUCGUGCCACAUUCACAUCACGUAGGACAUUUUAAAAAUACCAGCUGCUGACUGGAAAAAAUGUCAGUGUCCUUGCGCUGAAUGCAAGGCUGGGAAGUGGGAAAUGUUGUAGAAGGAACUGCAACUGCUUGGGCAAAAUGGGAUAAUGUGAUGUCAGAGAAGUAGUUUUUUUGAUAUGUUAAUCUAACCCAGGUCUGUUGUAUGUGAAUGGGACCAAACUGUGUCAGGUUAUACAGUGGGAUGGCAGCGUAAAGACCUUGUCAAAAAUCUGUUUGAAAAUAUUUUAAAUGGAUUCCAAGGACUUGUUGAGAUGUAAUUAUUUUCACAGUAGAGAAAAGUCAUGUAUUUCUAAUGUUUUUUUUUUAUUAUUUAACAGCUGUAAACCUUCAGUUUUAUCAGUAUCGGUCAAUGUUGGUAAACUUUGCUCUGUUGUGUUUUAACCUGAGUUGCAACAGUUGGUGAACUCAUGUUAAAGGACCCAUUUUUGAAAUGAUGCUUCUCUGUUGCCCAAGUCUUACAUAAUAUACUGUAUGUACUGCAGUGUUUCAACAAGUAUUUACUGUACAGUAAAAGGCUGGCGAGGGGUCCCCUCUCUCUAGAAAAAGA